CCGCCCCGCUCCGGAAGCGUUCCCAGGUGACGGCCGCCCCGGGCCGGCAGUACCGCGGCGGGUGGCGGCUGCAGGGCAGCGGCGCCGCUAUGGAGCACAUCCGUACCACCAAGGUAGAGCAAGUGAAAUUACUAGAUAGGUUUAGCACGAGCAAUAAGUCACUGACGGGAACUCUAUACCUUACAGCAACUCAUCUGUUAUUCAUAGAUUCAAGCCAGAGAGAGACAUGGAUACUACAUCAUCACAUCGCUGCGGUGGAAAAACUUCCCUUGACUACUUCUGGCUGCCCCCUCGUUAUACAGUGUAAGAACUUCAGGAUAGUUCACUUUGUCGUUCCCAGGGAGAGAGAUUGUCAUGACAUUUAUAACUCUUUGCUUCAGCUGUCAAGAACAGCAAAAUAUGAAGAACUGUAUGCCUUCUCCUAUAAUCCGAAACAAAAUGAAUCUGAGCAAGUCAAAGGCUGGCAGCUUAUUGAUCUAGCAGAAGAAUAUAAGAGAAUGGGAGUGCCAAAUGCAAACUGGCAGUUGUCCGAUGCAAAUCGUGAUUAUAAGAUUUGUGAAACUUAUCCUAGAGAACUUUAUGUUCCCAGAACUGCAAGCAAGCCCAUAAUUGUUGGUAGUUCCAAGUUCAGAAGCAAAGGAAGGUUCCCAGUGUUGUCAUAUUAUCAUAAAAAUAAAGAGGCUGCAAUUUGCAGAUGCAGUCAACCUCUCUCAGGUUUCAGCGCCAGGUGCCUGGAAGAUGAACACAUGUUGCAAGCCAUCAGUAAAGCUAAUCCUUCAAAUCGCUACAUGUAUGUCAUGGACACCAGGCCAAAGCUUAAUGCAAUGGCAAACAGAGCUGCUGGGAAGGGCUAUGAGAAUGAAGACAACUACUCUAACAUUAGGUUCCAGUUUGUUGGCAUUGAAAAUAUUCAUGUAAUGAGAUCCAGCUUACAGAAACUUCUGGAAGUCAGUGGCACAAAGGGUUUGUCAGUCAACGACUUCUUGUCUGGUCUGGAGAAUUCUGGAUGGCUGCGUCACAUCAAAGCUGUGUUGGAUGCUGCUGUCUUCCUAGUCAAGGCAAUAGCGGUUGAGAGUGCAAGCGUGUUAGUGCACUGCUCAGAUGGCUGGGAUAGGACUUCCCAAGUUUGUUCUCUUGGAGCUCUCUUACUAGAUUCCUAUUAUAGAACAAUCAAAGGAUUCAUGGUCUUGAUAGAGAAAGACUGGAUCUCUUUUGGGCACAAGUUCUCUGACAGGUGUUCUCAGUUGGAUGGUGAUCCAAAAGAGAUCUCGCCGGUGUUCACGCAGUUUUUAGAAAGCGUAUGGAAUCUGACUGAGCAGUUUCCACAAGCCUUUGAGUACAAUGAAGCUUUCCUCCUUCAGAUCCAUGAGCAUGUCCAUUCAUGCCAGUUUGGCAACUUCCUCGGAAACUGUCAGAAAGAGCGAGAAGAACUAAAAUUAAAGGAGAAGACGUAUUCCUUGUGGCCAUUCCUUCUGGAAGAACAAAAGAAAUAUCGGAAUCCUCUGUAUAAUCCAGACUUUUCUCCAGAACUAACUCUUUUGGAGCCUAAUACAGUAUCAUUCAAUUUUAAGUUUUGGAGAAAUAUGUACCAUCAGUUUGAUCGAAGUAUGCAUCCCAGGCAGUCUGUGUUCAAUCUUAUAAUGAACUUGAGUGAACAAAAUAAACAACUGGAGGAAGACAUUAAAGAACUGGAAGCUAAAAUAAAGCAGAGGAAUGCUCAGCCAGAUGCAGUCCUUGUGAAGGAACAUCAGCAGCCUACUCAUCCUGCACCUGUGGCACUGAAGACCCCUCCAUGCUUCAAGAAGGAGCAGCCACUGAUCGCUGUGAAUGAUGCUGUAAGAACUAUAGAGGGCAGCAACACAGCAGACAAUCGCUACAGUGAAUUUGUGUCAGAGUUCUCAAAAGCUGAACCUGCUGUUGUCAGCUUGGAGUAUGGAGUGGCCAGAAUGACCUGCUAAUUAAAAUCCGGCACCGUGCUCCUCUUCUAGACUGACUGAAUUAAGAGAUGGAUUAUUUUGAGAAUGGGUGUCUGCUGCAUGACCAAAACAUGAUUUGUAUAUUAGCAAGUUUUGUUAACGUAGGCUAGAACAGCGUGCUAGUUGUCACAUGUUUGCUGUUCUUUUAAGGAGAAAAUGUGUAGUUUUUUUUUUAAGAGAUAAGGGCAUUCGGUAAGUAGCAGCUAAAAAUCUAGGAAUGGUAUGUCUUUGGACUUAAGUCAGUUUGCACUAAAUUGAUUAAAAUAGUAAUAUUACUUUAUUCAAUAUAGGAAAACACAGGUGGUCUUUCACAAAUUGAUUUUAUUUGGGCAAAUAAACUUGAACUUUCUAUUUUAGGAACUGAAGCUACAUGUAUAUAUCGCGUAUGACAUGAGUAUGUAUACCCUUGUUUAAUGUCACCCAGUACUAACAUUCAGCAUAUUAAGUGCCAUGGGAAAGUAUGGUAUAUUUUAAGUCAUAAAUAGUUGGCCUUCAACCUGUCAGAUCAAUGAUAUUGUCUUUUACUACUGCAGUCUACCUGGCUCUGUUUACAUUGUAUUUGCUAAAAUUAUUUCCUUAAAACAGGACUGAAUAUAAGGAAUGAAGCUUGCCUAACCUGGCACUGCCUUUCAGCAAAUAGCUGUAUGAAUGUUAACUUAUCACUCAAGACUGUUCUUCCUUCUAUGUCCUCUGUUGUUUAAAAUGUAAUAGAUUGGCCUGACUUUCCUCUCUGGAAGCUCAGUAGAUUGAGCAUCAUUGAAGCUACAGGUUGUCUGAUCUUAAAUGUUUUGAUUUGUGGCAAGGUAUUUAAGCGUAAAGUAAGAAGAUUAAAACAUAUCAUGUAAGAAAACAAAACUUAGCCAAUAACUGAAUAGUCAGGUUAAUUCAGAUUGUUUAUUAUGUGCUGUGCAGUUCAAGUUGCAAGAACGGAAGCAGAAGUUUUGGAAGUGUAGUGUGCUGACAUUGUUCCUAAGUGAAAAAAGAAGUCAUGUGUCUGAAGCUUAUGAAAAACUGAGUGCCUCCUAAAUCUUUCAUGUUAGUUAUUAGUGAAACCCUGUUCUCAUCUUGCAAAAAUGUCCAACCUGUGAAUAUUUAAUUUCAGUGCAAUCUAGAGGUGUUUAUGUAAUUGGAGAGAGGACAGAAUCAUCUAGCAAGAUGCAGUAGAGAUCAUGGGACAUAAGAAAAAGAGGAAAAUGACUUUGUACGUAAUUAAACUUACCUGUAAGCUUCUAGUAAGGGAAAAGGGUUUUGCUGAAGUUCGUCGCAUGUUUUUGCUGAGCAGAUAACAGAAUAGGAAAGAAAAAUGCUGAUGCCCAGCUCUUAAAUAGAGGUAUAAAUUACAACUUUGGGUAUUACAAUCCCUAGGUGUGACUUUUUGUGUCUGGAUUGAAGUAAUAUUUUGUUACAAGUGAGAAUCAGUUUAUUCUCAUCCUAAUCCAUGAAGUCUGUUUUGUUAAAAUUACUGGUGUGGCACACACAAUUUGACAUAAUUGACAGCAGCAUUUCCCUCUGCACCAUAUUGGAUCCAGGACUCUUAACAGGGCCAGUAUAGGUCCUGAUCAAGUUGCACUUGUGAAGCUGUCUGGGAGAAAUUAACUGUGACUCCUGUAUUUGACUAUUAAUUCACCCCUUUCACUAAUUUGUUUUUUAAAAGCCUGUAAGUGUAAAUAAAUGCUUUAGGUAUUUUUAUUCCCAAAGAUAUGAGCAUAGUGUCAUCUUUAAAGUACACUAUCCAGUCAUUUGAACACAUUUAGAAUUCUCCACUACAGGUUUUGAUACUUUCACGUUUGCACAGUGGUGCCUUACAGGGUUGCAGCAAGAGAGGUUUUUGUGCCUUGUUAUUUGUUGUCUCACCUUCUCCCUCACUUUCUGUAUCAACUUGGUUCUGUGGUUUUCCUUUGGAAAAACAUCUGAUAUAUUAAGCUUGUAUCGUAUCACAGUAGUGAAACAAGUUUACUGCUGAUAAUAUAGGUAAGUUAUCAAUUUGUACUUGUUUUAAUAUUUAGCUGCUCUGGUGUGCCAUGUACACUUUUCAUAUUUAUUGUUUAUAGACUCAAAAGAUUAUAUUAAGCUUUUUUGCAAAUAUUGUUGUAUGUUGUUUUUACUUUAACAGCCAUCUGAGUGCCCCUGUAUGUAAGGCAUUUGAAGAGAAGAUCUGUUCCCUUUCUGUAUUGUUAAAGUGAGUUUAUUUCAGUCUUCAGGCCUUUUUUAUUGGCAGAGUUUAUUUCUUGGCGAAAGGACUUGGGAUGCCUUUUAUUUUAAAUCAAGAUAUGUUAGGCCCCCUUCAAAAUCCUAUAGAACUAUCUGAAGAACCUGUUUCUUCAUCAAAAAAUACAAUACUUCCUGAUCUAAAGUAAAUAUUUUACUCUAGUUAAUGUGAAUUGAGUUUUAUAAGGCUGUUUUGUAGAUCAACCUUCCAAUAAAGUCCCGAUAGCUCUGCCAACUCAACCCCCAGCGUCACAAGUGAGAAAAGUUCCUGCAGAGAGGCAGCUGUCUCUUCUUACUUGCUGUUCAGGCAUAAGCCAAAGUACCUAAAGCACGUGGGACCUGUGGUGAAGUAAAUAGAUGAGAGAGAAGUGAGCUCCAACAGAAACCUUGGCAGGAUGGCUAGGACUCAGCACAGUGGGGCUGUUCUGUGUCCUUCAGGAAGGGUUUAAAAAACAUCAAGGAACCUGGCUAAAAAAAACUGUGGCAGAAGCUGCUUGGGAGCAGAAUAAAAUUUAAUUCUUAUUUCAGUUUGUCAUCUUCAUGGAUGUGCUGCUCUGAGAACCCUUACAAUACUGAAAGGUGCCUGGUACAGCUCAAAUAACACACAGAACUCUUUCUGCUGUGGCAGUAAUGUGUGGUUACACUCACCAGUUGCUUGGGAAUAUAAUGUCCCAGAUAGGAAGUUGCUGUAGUUGAUUCUGCGCCAUCAGUUGCGCAACUUUGGCACCUGUCAAUUCAGUGCUUUUUGUCUUGAGAAGGUCUUGGUGUAAAGUCUUUGAGUUUCUAUGUUUGGUGCUGUGCUUGAUCUCUUUCCCAAUCUGAAUGCUAUAGAAAAGAAAUAAUUCCUUUCAAUUUAUCAAGCUGAUAGUCUUACUUGAGGAACUAAAACUCAUUUUGCUUUGUACUCCCAGCAAUUUAAAAUAUUUAUUUCACUAGUACGGGAAGAGUUGGGCUUGUUUUUUGGGAGGCUUGCUAUUGUCAUAAUGUAUUCUUCAAUGCAAGUUUAAAUAUCCAACUGUUCUGUUUUGUAGGACAACUGCCAAAUCAACAGACUAAGAAAUUAACUAAGCAACACUGAACUGAGCCUGUGCAUUUUUCACACAUGUCCAAUUACUGGUGACCUAAAUCUAGCACAAAAGCCUGAAGUCUGGAGAGUCCAUUUAGAGAAUUGGAAUAGCAGUCCCUCAGUAAAAAUGCACAUCCGUAUGUGGAACAAAUGCCCCAAUAUAAUGGCUUUUUAGAGGGAAAGUUAUACCAUAUCAGACUGUUGUAACAGUUUGAUGUGUCUUCCCCAGAAUAAGCACACUGGAGAAUGCCUUGCUGGGAAAGGUGAUGUGUUCCUCCUGCGUAGCUGCUGUUCUCAUAAGGCCUUUUGAUGAGGUAACAUAUCAGCAAAUCUCUGAGAACUUGCUACUCCCAUUCUGGUAAACCAAGCACAUAGCUGGUUACACAGCUGGGCUGAAGAGGGGCUGGGGUAGCUCAGCUUAACUACUGUCUUCUUAGUAGUAGUAAGAGUAAUAAGUAAUAAAAAGAAAUUCAAUAUUAAAAUAGCACAGGGCAUAUGCUAUCAACAUGUGUUUUUUAGAGUCUCGCCCUGGUCCUGAGCAAGCGUGGCUAGCGCAAGGGCCUUGCAUAAGCAUGGCAAUUGCUUUCUAGUUAGUUUAAAGAUAAUCUGAUUUUGAACUAGAUCAUCCCUCCACAGUGGUAAUUUAUAGAUCUUUAGGUCAGAAUGUAAAGGUUGCUCUUACAACUUGUUUAGUUGCUAAUGGUUCUAAACUUGUAGCUGAUCAUACGCUAAGUAUACUGGUCGUGAAACCUAUAAUAACCUUUAGGAUUAGAUGUUUAGAUUAGGCUGAAGUCUGUUUUGACUUGCUUUCACUAUUUAUGCCACACUUUUCUCCAAGUGCUGCUUAUUGUGGUAUUUGAUAUCUGUCAGCUGUAACAGGCUUCUUAAUGCUUUGGAUGUUUUAAAAGCCUGGAAGUACUGAAUCUUCAUUCUGAAGGCUUGGGUCAGCCUUAGUGAAUAGUGUGGGUGAGCUUGUAUUUGAUCUAGCUAGCUUGACCUGCCUACAUGUUAAAUAGCAUUGAAAAUCAGCAUGGCAUCAUAAUUCAAUGGAGCAACUUCUGUAUGUGCAAUAGGCUUAAGGAAAAGGAUGUAGUCAGGGACCCUUGUCACAGCAUGUAGCAAGGAACAGGACCCUGCUGGGGUAUGACUCAUGGAAAGUAGAGCAGUUUUGAUGUCCAGCAGCAGCUUGGGGACUGGAGUUGUAAGGUCAGAGGCAUGCUGCCUCUGAGAUCAGUUUUCAGGUCGCACAAAACUCAAUGACCUGGUCUAUUAAACACUUGUGGUUGAGCAAAUCUGCAUUGGCAUCAAGUGCCAGAAAAUAUAUAUGAAUCUAUGUUUCUUAAUCUACUGACUUCAAGUAAUAAAUGUCCUGGUGGUGACUUGGAAAUUGGGGUGCAAUAUUUUGUUCUUGUUUCUAUCUUAACUUUAGAGGUCAGUUGUAUAGUGUUUAUAAUUAAGUGGGAUUAAAGUUUUUGACUCACUAUAAAAGUGCUUCUCCUCUGAAUGACAGGUUAGCAUGUACAUAUCUUGUGCUUUGUAUCUCUGCACAUAUUUCUGCUGAAUGCUUUUCUUGCAAUUAGGCAGCCUUGGUGAAGUCCCAUGCUGCCCCACAACAGCAUUCCUCAUUACCAAGCAUUACAGGUUGGUUUCCUUGCUCUGUCUUACUGUCACUCUUCACUCUUACAGUUUAUCUUUAUGGCUGUCUGUUGGCAAUGAUCCUUGACAAACAUCUUUCCAUCAAAGAAAAUGAGUUCGUUGUUUCUCUGUGUCUCAGGGAUUUUUACCCCUGAAUUAGUGAACUUGAAAAAUACUGCUUAAUCUCCCUUUCAGGGCUACUGAGUGCCUGUUGACUUCCAUGGUCAGUUUACUUACACAUUGUAACUUCAGGCCUGGCUAUUAGAAACAAUAAAAUUCAAAUGUUGGAUAUGGCAAAGGGAAAGAAAACUGUUUUCAUUGUAAUGUAUCUGGAAAGACUGGCUGUUUCGCUAGCAUUUAUUGCUCCAUGUAAUGCUCUCUGUAAAAGUCACUUACCUAUGUGCUGGGAUCGUGCUUCAUGUAUAUUUCUGAAGAAACUUUAGCAAAUGGAAUUUUGUAAUAAGCAUUUUAUUUGUACGUGUUUUGAAAAUCCAUAAAGCUUGAAAUAAAAUGAUCUUAAUAUUGCCAAUCUA